CUUAAGAAUGAGAGAGAAAGAAUAAUGAAUAGUAGUAAAAUAUUAUUUAGAUUUUGAAGGUUAGAGAGAGAACAGCGAUGGCCAGGCGAGUCGAGAAUCGGAACGAGUCGACAUUGACUCGAAUGGUUGAUUCGGUGUUCGCCUUUGUGAGACAUGCUGAGUUUGAGAUCCUCUUCUUUCUCUUCUUCUUCAUCGCUUAUAUUCUCUUCAAAGAUAUCACAUCAAGACCUGAAUACAAUCAAGUAUUUGUGAAGAAGCCUGAUGGUGGACCAGAACUUUGGCCCUUUUAAAGGAAUUGAUGCUUGGACCGACAGGUUGGAUGUCGUCCUUGGAGGCUUGUUUCAUACUAUAUCUCUUUUCUACACAGCUUAGAAAUAGAAGUGCUUGGACCCUACUCAUUCACGCUCAGGUCUCAAAUGUGGUUUACAGGUUACUUAUAUUUCACGAUCCUUGUGUUUGACAUGAAAGGUCCCUAUCUUUGACAUGAAAGAUAAGUGAUUAUGUAUAAAUGUUUUUAAUAGUUAAAUAGAGAAUGUGGUUAAUCUGUUUUUAAACAAGUUGUCAGUUGUUUUUAUGAGUUCUCUCAAAUGCUUAUGCAAGUCCUUAUGUCAUACGGAAAUACUAGUAAGCUCUUUCAAAUACA